AUGGAGGAUCACUCUGCUCAUGAAGAUAUUAAUUUUGAAGGUGAAGAUUAUACUGCAAAUGAUCAAGAUUGCUCUACAUUCGUCCAUAAUGGGUCUAACAUCAACAAUGACUUUACUAUUAAGAUUGGGAUGAAAUUUGGUUCUGAAGAUGAAUCAUAUGUAGCAUACAAUUCCUAUGCUUUAGCAAAAGGUUUUGGCAUUCGAAAGGGAGCAAAAACUUACAACAGAAACAAAGAAUUAACAAGGUGUUUAUUUCUUUGUUCUUGUGAAGGGAAAUCUCUUUUGUAUUCUAAUUAUCUAGAAAGAAAACGUCAAAGGUUAGAAUAUAGAUGUGGUUGUAUGACUCGCAUAAAAUUUAAGAUUUCAAAUGAGAAAUGGAAAGUUUUCGAAUUUUCUGAUGAGCAUAACCACCCGAUGAUCGAGGAAAAUUUGAGACAUUUUAUAUUGUCUGGCCAAAAUCUUACAACUGCUACUAAAGACAUUCUCAGUUCUAUGGUAGAUGCUGGUAUUCGCACCAAAAAGGUUGUUCGUUACCUUCAAAAUGAAGCAAGUGGUAUUGAAAAUGCUAGAUUUAUUGAACAAGAUGCUCAUAACUUCAUACAAGCACGUAAAAGAAGUAUGAUUAAUAGUGGAGAUGCUCAAACUUUUGUGGAUCGUUUUAUGCAUAUGCAAUCAGAGGAUUCAAACUUUUUUUACUCUUUUCAAGUUGAUGAAGAUGGAAGGAUGUGCAACUUUUUCUAG